AUGUCAACCUCGAGCCAGCACCAGUUCCGAUACACUCAAACCCCAUCGAAGGUGCUGCACCUUCGCAACCUCCCCUGGGAAUGCUCCGAGGAGGAGCUCAAAGAGCUCUGCAAACCCUUCGGUAAGAUCGUCAACACCAAGUGCAAUGUCGGCGCCAAUCGCAACCAGGCUUUUGUUGAAUUCGUAGAUCUAAAUCAAGCCAUUUCGAUGGUUUCAUAUUAUGCUUCAUCUUCUGAACCUGCUAUGGUUCGUGGUAAAACUGUUUACAUUCAGUAUUCUAAUAGACAUGAAAUUGUCAACAACAAAAGUCCCGGAGAUAUUCCUGGAAAUGUCCUGCUGGUAACUAUUGAAGGUGUGGAAGCUGGGGAUGUUAGCAUUGACGUUAUCCAUUUGGUGUUUUCUGCCUUUGGCUUUGUUCACAAAAUUGCAACAUUUGAAAAGACUGCAGGUUUCCAGGCUCUGAUUCAGUUCACUGAUGCUGAAACUGCUUCUUCUGCUAGAGAUGCACUGGAUGGAAGAAGCAUACCAAGGCAAGCAGUGUUUUUAUACCUUCUUCCAGCCCAUGUUGGUUCUUGUAAUUUACGUAUUUCAUACUCAGCACAUAAAGAUCUGAAUAUCAAGUUUCAAUCAAAUCGCAGCAGGGACUACACAAAUCCUAUGCUUCCCGUUAACUAUACUGCUAUUGAGGGGACAGUACAGACUGCUGUAGGCCCUGAUGGGAAGAGGAAAGAACCUGAGAGCAAUGUGCUUUUGGCUUCCAUUGAAAAUAUGCAGUAUGCUGUUACUGUUGAUGUCCUCCACACUGUCUUCUCUGCAUUUGGUACUGUCCAGAAAAUUGCUAUAUUUGAAAAGAAUGGUCAAACUCAGGCACUAAUUCAGUACCCUGAUAUCAUAACUGCAGCAGCCGCUAGAGAAGCUCUAGAGGGGCAUUGCAUAUAUGAUGGUGGCUAUUGUAAGCUUCAUCUAUCAUACUCUCGUCAUACUGAUCUCAAUGUAAAGGCUUUCAGUGACAAAAGUAGAGACUAUACAGUGCCAGAUCCUAGUCUUCUUGCAGCACAAGGUCCUGCAACAGCUUGGCAAAAUCCUCAGGCUACUUACCCUGGUAGUGCCCCUGCUUAUCACACUCAAGUUCCGGGUGGACAAGUGCCAUCAUGGGACCCAUCCAUGCAGGCUGUUAGACCCAGUUACAUAUCCGCACCUGGUACUUUUCCUGUUCAAACUGGUGCCGUUCCUCGAAUGCCAUCCUAUGCGCCAGCAGCAGCUAUGCCCGCAGCUUCCUCACCUCUUGCACAAAGCAGCCCCAUUGGUCAUAAUGCAAAUCCAAUGGGAAUUCCUCAACCUGGGGUUCCACCCAAUGUAAAUUUACAGCCCAGUGGUGGUCCACUUGGGUCCUCACCUCUCAUGCAGACCAGCCAAGCCGCUCAGGCAGUGGUUCAGCCAGGGGCUCAGCCAAAUGCUAGACCUGGGGGUGCUUCACCACCAGGUCAACAUUAUUAUGCUUAG